CAAAAUAGCACAAGAAUUUGAAACAUAUCUUGCUUGUGGAUCUCCUUUCUUUAGUAUUUUAAACUUACCUUCGAUUCUGGCAGUAAAAGACUGAUUAUGUCAAUCCACCUUUAACGUGGACACGGAGUGUGAGCAACCCUUUUUGCCACCGUAUAAGAAAGGAAAAACAUUUGCUUAGGAACAAAACAAAUUAAGUUAAAUUCAAUUAAGUGCGUUGUGCUUGCGGCAAAAGGUUGGUCUUGUUAUACAAUGACUCAUUGUACCACUUGACCGUCGUUUUCCAUGCAAACAUGCAUAGUGUAUAUUACCAGAGAACAACGUCUUCCUGUAUUUCCUGCAGUACUAUGACAAGAUUGCGUGACGUCACCACAGACGGACUACAACAAAGCUCUCCUGUUUAGGAAUGCGAAGAAGAGUGGUCCUAUGAUUUUCGUGAUUUUCAUCCUUACUGCACUCCUAGGUGUAGGUGUGACAGUACUGCUGUGGAGAGACAUCCAUCACAGGUCAAAAGGAAAGAAACAGACCUUGAUUCAGCUUCUCAAUCAUUACUUGACAUUACGAGUACUAGCAUGGCUUGGCAGCCGUCAGCGUCAGUUGCUCGAGAAUGACACAAAAAAUGUUUAUCGUGUCCAGCAUGACAUUCUUCUGCAGAGACUUGAGCAAAAUCAGAACACAGAAUAUGGCCAUAAGUAUAAAUUUAGUGCAAUACAAGACCGAAUAACUUUCCGUAAAGUCCACCCUUUGACACACUAUAGCCACUAUAGUGACUACAUCCAAAGAAUCUCCCAGGGAGAAGAGAAUGUGCUGAUUUCUGAGAGACCUUCCAUGUUGGCCAUGACUUCUGGAGCUCCAGGAUCUAGUGCUUUGGUCCUGAACACUAGUGCAACUGCCAUUGACUAUUUCAUGAAGGGUAAAGUUGUUUGUCUGGAUGCCAUGUACAAAGCCUUUCCAGGAACUCAAAACUUACAAAAGAUUGCUAAAUUUUUCUUUACUCCCAAAGAGAGCAGAAUGGAAUCAGGAAUUCUUGUGGGCUCAUACGUGUCCUAUCCUGCUGUUAACAAAUACUUGCUAAGUCUUUAUUGCACUCUGUCACCACCUUUAGAUGCGAUGACUGACUCAGAUGCCCUCUAUAUUCAAUUGCUGUUUGCUCUCCAAGACAGGACGCUGGGGAUGCUAGAGGAUGGCAGUGCCUCUGCAGUUUAUUAUGCAUGUGUAGCCCUGCAGAAGAAUUGGGAGACCCUCACAGAAGACAUUGAAUUAGGCCAAGUAAAUCCAGAGCUGAAGAUCCCCCCAGACAUCCAACAUCAACUCAGUUUGAUGCUGAAACCAAAUCCUUUAAGGGCAUCUGAACUGAGGAGAGAAUUUGAGAAGGGCUUCCAUGGGAUUGCAAAGAGGAUAUGGCCUGACCUACAAGUGGUUUGGGAGCUAGAUUCUGGCUCUGAGGAAUUACAUGUUAUAAACUUGAAGGAAUCUUACUGCAAAGGAAUCCCGUUGUACUCCCCAGUGUAUGCCACAACAGAAGGACUUAUUGGAGUGAAUCUGUGGCCAGAGAGACCAGAUCGUCACUAUCUGCUUUGCCCCCGUUCAGUGUUCUUUGAGUUCAUCCCAGCUGCUGCAUGUGAAGAGGAGCAACCCUCCACUCUCUUUAUGGAAGAGAUAAAGGAGGGUGAAGAAUAUGAGCUGGUAAUAACAAAUGCAUGUGGAUUUUAUAGAUACAGAAUUGGAGAUGUAGUGAAAGUGGUUGGAUUUCACAAUCAGUGCCCAGUUGUUGAAUUUAAGUACAGGAAAAAUCAGAUGUUAAAUGUUCGUGGAGAGAAGAUAUCAGAGCAAGUAUUGUAUCAAGCAUUGCAACAUGCUGUGAAACUUUGGCCAGGAGCAGACUUGGUUGAUUACUGCUAUGCAGAGAGUAGUGUUCUGGGUCCAUAUUGUGGAACUUCAGAUCCUCAUUAUGAGGUGAUUGUAGAGCUAAAGGGAAUCCGUAAUUUAUCAGAAGAUCAGCGCUACAAGCUGGAUGAAUCCCUGCAGAAGGAAUCAGGAAUAUAUAAAUCCUUCAGGUUCAAAGGAAGCAUUGGACCAAUCAGAGUCCAUCUUGUGGGACCAGGUGCUUUUAAAGAAUUACACAACUUUAUCAGUGCUCAUGGAAAUAUGAACCAGUUCAGAGUGCACAGAGUUCUUCAAAGAAAAGAAUUUUGGGAUUUCAUUUAUGGGAAAGUUGUCUCUUAAAACAAGGCACUACAUAUUUAUCUGCUGUUUUUCUUACAGUUUUUAUGGUUUAAGUUUGUAUUACCUUUCCUGUUGCUGUAUUUACUUCAGAGAUGUAUCAUUGUAACUGAGAAUACACAUUAAUAAAAUACAUACAACAGACUAUGCUUUUCUUAAAUCCCUAAGAAACAGAGCCAUUGUGUGAGCUCAGGUGACAUUUCUACAUAACAAAAACGACAUUGACAAAUGUGUAUUUACCAGCUUCAUGCAUUCAUCUGUUAGAGUCAGAUAAGAAAAAAAUUUGGACAGUGGAGAGAAGUGUUGUGUUGUGCAUGGAUAAUGGAUGAAUGUUUUAUCAGCUUAAAUGUUGGUUUAGCAUUAUCUAAUAUACAGAUAUUCUUAAACAACAUUAAUAGAAAUGCCAGUCUGUAGGGAGAUUUUUUUUCACCAGCAAUUUCUCCUUAUCUGUCCAGUGUCCACACCUCAUUCUGUUAUUGCCAUAUUUGACAGAGUUAUACGUAAUCUUGGAGAUGCACAACCAGACAAAGUUUAUGUGUGAUACAGAAGCGAGUUGGAUGCCCUGGGAACAUUUUCUGCAUUUUUCAUGCUGUCAGUUGACUUGGAAAUUGCUUGUUCUGCAGUUCUGUUAUUGUAACUAAUCCCCAGAUUGCAUCAGGUAGUAACAUAGUAGUAAUUUUCUUGAAAGGGAUAAGCAUAGCUAUUUGGAUACUGUAAUGCUUUUCACCAGCCUAGCCUCUGGCAGUGCAGAUCCACUUCUGAAUUCUGCUCACUAAAAUAACAGCUGCAUGAGCAGCAUUGGUAGUUCAGGUCUGUGCCGCACCACUUUGCUUUGUUGUUUUGUUAAUCUGUCCUGGAAUUAGUCAGAUGUAUUCAUAGUGCAGAAGUUUUCUAGGAAAUGCUAUGAUAAUGUUGCAUAAGGUGUUAAUAUUUAAUAAUUCCAUUGAUUUUAUCAAAUGACUUUUAGGUUUUCAUCAUAAGGUUUUUUUGCUGCAGGAAUUCAUUAUUUCAUCAGGAAUAUAGUUGAAGAUGAAAGUAAUUUCUUUUGCUUGACCUUUACAAGUGUUAGAUAGUCCCAAUGGGCAUAUGUAUACAGUCUUGAACCAUAACAAAUGGAGGAGAUCAUCACAUGGCCAAAAUUCUCUAUUGCUGUCUGAAGUGUAAAUUCACUCCAUUUUGAUUCUGUACUUCAUGAGUUGAUUACUAGUCCUCAUUUUUGGCAAAAUAAAGUGUAAUGUUUAUCUUUCUUACA